CUUCACAGGCAGACAGCCACCAGCCAGUCUGAGCCGUCGGUCUUCGAUAGCAUACAAACAAACAUAGGCGUAGUACUAGGCAUGCAGUAUUGUUUUUAUUUUGUGUUUUUGUUGUUGUGUGCCUGCUUGAUAGCCAGCGCAUGCACGUAUGCCGAAGGAGUCGAACCAACCACUGUGCACCCCGCAUUCGCACAGCGUCGACCACGACGACAACACACACGACACGAUACCACUCGGAAAGGUACGGUCGGCCGCAUGCCAGCAACUGUAUGCAGUGGCAUAGGCAAUUCCCAAUUGUACAGAUCACUAACGGAAACGAACGCAAACGCAGUUAGAAGUUAUUCGUGCGCACAGCCAAUAGACGGAUCAGCGGCUGGUAAUACGGAGCGCUGUUUAUGACGGUGUCGCGGACGGGAUUAUUAUUUUAUUUUAAUAAAGUGAGAAUUUGUUUUGAAAAAUAUUACAAAAAUUAUUCAACAAUACUGAAAUAUUAAGAAAUCGAUGUGAAGAGUUGUAUAUUCGAUAAAAGAGAAAACAUAAGAAAUGCGACGGUAAACGAACGCAGUGAUUUUCAGUGAAAAAAUGUGAACAAAAUUUAUGCUUGAAAAAUAUAAAAAAAAGCAAACACAAAUUGAAAUAAAUAAAAUAAAAAACAGUCACUUGAUGUUUUAAGUGUUUUUGUAUUUAAUAAUUUAUGCACAAACAAAGUGAUUGAAAUAUUAAAUAAACUAAACAUAAUCAAGCUCAGCGAACUGUUUCAAAUCAACUCACAACAGUUUGAGUAGCACUUGUUUUUCUUACAUCUAUAUUCUACGUAAAGCGUCCAAAAACAGUGACGCAUUUACAAAUCGAACUUUCGCGUUUCAUUUGCAAAACUUUUUGAGCCAUCAAAAUGAUGAUGAACGCUUUCAUCGAUCCCACGCCCUCUCAGCACCAUCUGGCUUCUUAUGGGCUGCGUAUGUCACCGACUACACCGACCAAUCAAUCGGAUUUACUGGGUGGCAGCGCGCAACAACAACAUGCACAGCAACAACAGCAGCAACAACAACAAGUGCAACAGCAGCAGCAACAACAAGCGCAACAGCAGCAAUCACAACAACAACAGGCACAACAAUUGGACACCAGCGGUCUGAUGUCCUCAGCAAUGUCGCUGGGCACCAGCGUCAGCGACAUGUCCUCACCCGUAAGCGCGUCAGCCGCCAGUGCUGCCGCCUAUCAGAACAGCGGCUACAGCCACUUCAAUACGCAACUCGGUUCGGCGUAUUCAUCACGUGAUUUUCUGCUUGGCCGCCGCACAGACAACGAUUACAUGUCCGGUGCGGCAACAACGCAACUGGUCGGACAAAGUGCCGCCACCACCGCUGCAACGGCCGACUCAAUGCUAUUCCCCUCAUUUCCCGCCACACAUGCCCAGCAUCCCGAUUUGACCACAUCCUUUGGCAAUCACCCCUUCCAUGCGGCGGCCCAUCAUCAUGCCGCGGCCGCGCAUCAUCAUCAACAUCAGAUGCGCAUGGGCAUGGCCGACUAUGCGCAUCCGUAUGCCCAUCACGCACAACAUCAUACAAAUUUUCCGUCGGUACAUCAUCAUCAACAUCCCGCCAUGUCCAUGCAUCCGGCUGGUGCGGGCGCUUUUCUACGCUAUAUGCGCCACCAGCCGUCGGCAGCGUCUGCCAUUAAGCAAGAGAUGCAAUGCCUUUGGGUAGAUCCGGAUCAACCGGGCGGUCCGAAUGGCCGCAAGACAUGCAAUAAGAUCUUUCACACCAUGCACGAUAUUGUCACCCAUCUAACGGUGGAACAUGUCGGCGGACCUGAGUGCACAACGCAUGCCUGCUACUGGAUCGGUUGUUCGCGCAACGGUCGCCCUUUCAAAGCCAAAUACAAGUUGGUCAAUCAUAUACGCGUGCACACCGGCGAGAAACCGUUUGCCUGCCCUCAUCCCGGUUGUGGCAAGGUGUUCGCACGCAGCGAGAAUCUCAAGAUACACAAGCGGACGCAUACCGGUAAGUCGCUGUUAACCAAUAUGCGCAUUAAAAUAGUAACUGUAUUUAUGUAAAAUACAUAUGUUGGGGGCGUUGUGUUUUCACCUGUAUACAGCAGGCAUUAAUGUCCGUAUGGCAUUGCAAUUUUGACUUGACUUUAUUCGCUUAUAGCUUUGCGUUGUUUUAUUUUGUUUUAACUUGUUUGCCUUUUGAUGUUUGUUCGCUAAUCGGUUUAACUAAUUUUUGGGCGGCGCCGUUGUAGGCGUAAGCAUUGAUUUUUGCGGAUAUAUCCGCAGAGAUUUAAGCCUUUCGGGUUUGUGGCGUGGUGUAGGCCGUGCAAACUACUAUAUGUAGCGUCAGCGCAGAUAGCAAAAAGUCAGUAAGGCAAAAUUUAUUUCAGCGUCUGUGUGCGUCAGUUUCAACAAAAUACCUGUAGUGGAACUAUUCACUACUUAAAUUUUCAUUUGUCAAAUUUUUACAAAGUGUUAGGUACCUGAUGAGAGCACGAUUCAUUUUCCUUGUAGAUAAUGGUGUACAUUCAAGGCCUAUUGAAAACGUUUGCGUUAAAAAUUGUAAUAGAAUCGGCGCAUGCUUCUGUUGAAAUAGAGUACAGCAAGCAGGAAGUAUGAAACUAUUUCGUUAAUAGAGCUGUCAGUAGCAAAGAUUGAGAAAAUUUAAAAAAAAAUCGUACCUCACACGCACACUUAGGUGAAUUCAUAAAUUUACUUAUUUUCCUACUAAGAAUACUUUAUUUUGAUAACGAAUUUAAUAUUAAAUGUAGAUCUCAAAGUAGUUAUUUUCACAUUAUUUUUCCAACUACAAUUUGGAAUACAGCACUUAAAAAAAUACAUUUGAAAUACUCGCUCUACACGUAAACACGAUAUAAUGUAAGUAACUCCAGUAUUUGUAUGUCCUGAAUAGGGAAUAUUAAUAUUAAGUUUCUAACAUCCAGAAGAAAAAGUGGUGGCCUUUGUGACUUGUCAGGUCGGUCCAUCUUUAUAUACACGAAGUAGUCCCUCAGUUUUUAAGAUUUUGGUCUGAAACUUUGCACACAUUCCAUUUACCCCAAGAAGCUGCUAAUUUGUCUUAAUUGUCGAUAUUGGUUAACUAUGGCAUAUAGCUGCCAUACAAACUGAACGAUCAAAAUCAAGUUUUUGUAUAGAAAACUUUUCUAUUCGACAAUAUAAGUUUACGAAAUUUGGCGCAGAUUAUUGUAUAAAAUAGUAUUAUAAUCUCUACAGAAAUUAGGCAGAUCGGACGAUUAUAGCAUAUAACUGUCAUACAAAUUGACCGAUCAAAAAUCAAGAUCUUUUACGGAAAUAUUUUUUAUUUGACAAGGUAUCUUUUUGAAAGUUUAUUAUCUUUAGAUCCGAGACAUAAAGAAUAUAGCCGCCAUAUAAACUGAUCCUUUUUGACAUUU